UGUGUGUGUGUGUGUGUGCGUAUGUUGCCUUUCAUAAAUUUUAUUUUUUAACAUUUUUAACUCCAACAUGGCUAUAGCUUAAUAAUUCCAAAAUGCUGCAAGAGCUGGUAAAAGUAUGUCAGUAUUAAAUACGUGCUUUCUUUUUGACUUAAUUAAUCGGUAAUGUAAGUUUUGCCUUCAGUGCAAAAAUCUGACGUAUAACUUACAAAACACCACGUUUUUGUAUAGUCAUUCAGGACGGGAAUGCUCACCUACAUAUAUUGUAGUUAUGACACACCAGAACAGGUUUAAAGCAACUCAUUUCUGGUAUCAGCGUUGGCAACUCAAGUUAAAUUAAGCAGUCUAGUGUUACACUUGGUGGGAAUGAAAGACGUAUGCAAUUUCUAUAAUACUGUUAUCACUAAAUGACAUUAUGAUGUGGGUCUUUGUAACCAGCACUGAAACAGUAAAUAUCAAGUGAAUCAUAGUGCUCACAGGGCUGCCACAUCAUUACAUCUAAGCUACAUUCAAAAUGAAAGUGUAUUAGCUAUCUUUUCCUCUUCUUAUCUACGCCCCGCAUAAACCAUGUCCCCUUUUGUUAAUGCACCGUCCUUUUUAGUUUUAAUUUGUGCCAUUUGCAGUGGAGGCGUUCUCUCAAAACAGCUCCCAGAUGUGUCUCUGAAAGUCAGUCUGGAAAAAGCCAUACACUGUACACAAAGUCUUUUGAUAAUGUCUGGAAGCGUCAUGACAGGACAAUACAUCAUUUCCAACCUCAACUAAGAAAUCUCCCAUUUUGGUGUGUGUGUGUGUGUGUGGGGGGGGGGGGUUCCUUCAGGCUAUACUCUUUUCUGGGACUUGUGCCACAGUGGUUAGAGUGGGACUGAAAUCACAGAGAACAUACUAUACUACAUUUGAACCAAAUUUCACUUGGAUAAACAGCAUCACAGGAUAUAGUUCUUUAGGUUGUUAUAUAAUAUAUAGCAGUAGUUACAAGUGUGCCACUGCAUGUGUAGACUAAAGUGUGUAAUAAGUCACAAAGAACAUAUGUGCAAAACAAGGUUGCCACCUCUUAGUGAUGAGGAAUCUUAUAUACAGCAUUACUAUGCUGUAACACUGUGUUUUGUUAUUCAUGCAUUCACUCUAUUGAAAGAAAUGAUUGUGUAGUAAACUUAGGGUCUCUUUAGAAAUGUAAUAGCUCUUUGGAUUCAUACUUUUUUCUAAAACAAAUAAUACUUCCCUCCCUUCUUGUUAUCAUUCAUUUAGAAUCCAGGAAAGCUUCUGCAAUGAGAAAAAUCUUGAAUAAACUUUAAUUACUAUUCACUGUUUGCAUUUUUAUUCAAAACAUGGAACACACAGUGUAGUGUCUUAGUGACUGCUCAGUCAUGGUCACAUCUUGACUUGUUGACCUUUUCAAAGGAAUAACGUUUCAGGCUGGUUUUGAUUGAACUCUCUGACUCUAACUGAUAAAGUAAAUAAAUAAAGUCUAAACAGUGGGUGGAUGGUUAUUGCAUGGGAGUAAAGCGAGUAAGUACUUUAAAAAAGUAAGUUGAUUUUAAAGGCAUGUCAGUAUUUCUAUUAUAUGAUGUGUUUUACCUUACUAUAGUUCACACAAAGCUAUUUACUUUUGGAGACUAUCAUUUUAAAGGACAUACAGAUUAAACAGUAAAAAAACAAAACAAACCCCAAAACGUUUGAAUUAUUUCCAUUUAACACAUUUAACGGCAAGUGAAAAAAUCCUAAAAUUUAAUGCAAGACUUUAUACAAAUAACAGACAUUACAUACUCUAUUUGAAAGAUUUUUUGCUGGUUAUAUUCUGUACAUACACGUCACACGGGAGUUUAAAGAUUUUUUCUCAGCAAUGUAUUUGAAAGAGUUUCUACUUUUUUGUUGGCUGUUUUUUGUUUUUUGUCUUUUUAACUACCUAGCCAUAAUUUGCCUGCUUAAAAACAUUAAUACCCCAACCCUGAAAGUGCUUGUCCCCUUAACUAUUUCAUAAGCAUCAUUUCAGCCAAUUACAUUUAUCCACAAAUUCACACAACCGUUAUCUUUAUUUUCAUUGGCUACAAUAUGCUGCCAGUCACUGACGCAAUGGCCUUUCGCCAACCAAUGGUAAGGUAGUUUCUUUGUAAAGGAUGAGCAACAGGCGACUACCGAGUGGGGCAACAGAAAAGAGUUUAUCGUUUGUUAUUACACAGCAGUACUUGUCUGAAGCUUUUAUGGUUUAGUUUAGCCUAAUUUUGAACAAGUGGUAGUUGCCAACGGUAACUGUAUAUACGUUGUUUCUAUAGAGUAACCCGGUUUAUUCGAGGUCGUGGCAUGGAUGAGGUACGGCCUACCAGUGGUGCACAAGCCCACGGGCUGGUGCCGCUGUUUCCUCCUGGGCUGCAGGCUAUCUAUGGGGAAUGUCGGCGACUUUAUCCCGAGCAGGCAAACCCGCUUCAAGUAACAGCUAUUGUAAAAUAUUGGCUCGGUGGACCAGAUCCGCUAGACUACAUCAGUAUGUAUAGAAACGUAGGCUGUCCAGCUCAGGACGUCCAGGAGCAUUGGCACUAUGUGAGCUUUGGACUCAGUGACCUGUAUGGGGAUAACCGUGUUCAUGAAUUUACAGGGCCAGAUGGACCAAGUGGGUUUGGCUUUGAGCUCACUUUUAGACUCAAAAGAGAGGUGGGGGAGACCGCACCUCCAACAUGGCCAGCUGAGCUAAUGCAAGGUUUGGCUCGCUAUGUCUUCCAGUCAGAAAACACAUUUUGUAGUGGUGACCAUGUAUCGUGGCACAGUCCACUAGACAACAGUGAAUCUCGUAUCCAGCAUAUGUUGCUUACAGAAGACCCACAGAUGCAACCGGUUCAGACGCCAUUUGGCACAGUGAGUUUUCUCCAGAUUGUGGGAGUAUGUACAGAGGAGCUGCAGGCGGCCCAACAGUGGAAUGGACAGGGAAUCCUGGAGCUGAUGCGUGGAGUCAGAGUAGCCGGUGGCCCCUGGCUAAUCACUGACAUGAGGAGAGGAGAGACCAUUUUUGAAAUUGAUCCACAGCUACAACAGGAGAGAGUGGACCAGGGUAUCGAGACAGAAGGCUCGAACCUGAGUGGGGUCAGCGCCAAGUGUGUGUGGGACGAUCUGAGUCGGCCGCCAGAGGAUGAGGAGGACAGUCGAUCAAUCUGCAUUGGAUCACAGCCACGCAGGCUCUCAGACAAAGACACAGAGCAGAUCAGGGAGACUCUGAGAAAAGGACUGGAGUUUAACAGUAAAGCAGCCCUACCACCUAUCAACAGCCAGAAACAGAGCCACGAGAGACCGCAGAGUCGAAAGGACAGUUUGGAGAGUGAGAGCUCAGCAGCUAUUGUUCCUCAUGAGUUGGUCCGAACACGGCAGUUGGAGAGUGUCCAUUUGAAAUUCAACCAAGAGUCAGGCACACUGUUGCCCCUCUGCUUGCGGGGGCGGUUGCUCCACGGGAGACACUUCACAUAUAAAAGUAUCAACGGAGACACGGCCAUCACUUUUGUGUCUACAGGAGUUGAAGGCGCUUUUGCUACUGAAGAGCAUCCCUAUGCAGCCCAUGGCCCCUGGCUUCAGAUUUUGUUGACUGAAGAGUUUGUGGAGCAGAUGCUCGGGGAUUUACAGGAACUCAACACUCGUGAUGAGACAAAGUUGCCAAAGGAGUACAGCUGGCCAGAAAAGAAGCUAAAAAUCUCUGUUCUACCAGACUCUGUGUUUGAUAAUCCACUCCAGUGAGACUGACACAGAGACACUUGCUCUUUUGAAAAUGCCAAGAAAAAGACGUGUAAACAUUUCCAGAGUGGACCAUCAGAAACAGCAGACCUCCCUGGACUCUGAGAGACUGUCAGAGCUUAUAGAUACGUUGUUCCCACUGUGGCUGGCCUCAACUGUUUCACUCAAAAAGAUAAUCUGAGGGAUGAACUAAACAUUUCUGACUGUUACCGCAUUCUCAGACUAGCACCAUUGUUUACAAUAUCUGUAUGAGGCUUUUGAGACUAUCAGACCAGCCAGUCCAGAUGGUUGGCUUGUUAGAACAAUCCUGUUGGUCAAACUGGAUGCUGUCAGUCCUCCAGGUAGUUCAAAAUAUACAUCACUAAUGUAGUUGAGCAUACAUCCUGUGAUCUCCUGACAUGCUGUCUAAAGCAAUAACUGAGCAGCAGUUCUCAAAAACACUUCUAUUUAUUCCGGUGGCCUUCGAAAGGGAAGAAGAAUAACCAGUUUAAACAUUUUUUAUCAGUGUUGUUUUUAAACUGAGCUGAUAUGUAUAGUAUUUACAAAUGCUGGACAUUUUUCUCUGAUAUGUUUGCGGUCACGCCAAAGUUUUAACCAUUUCUGUCUCAAAUGUUUCAUGUUUCGGGAACACUAGUCUGACAGUUAAUCAUUAUCUCAUAGCCUGUUAUUAACUGUAACUUUUUAAGUACCUGGCAAAUGCUGCAGGUAUAACCACCUCGAUCACUCCUCUGUGCCAAGAUUAUAACUCCAGUAAUGAGUUAGGUUUUCUCACACAACACCCAUGUGUAGUGUCACUGUUGUAGAUGUUAAUAGACUGUAAUCUGUGAUCAUGGCCUCCUCAAGUGCAGUUUCCAGUGCCUACAUAUAUGUAACAUAUGAUUUGGAUCAGUGGACCUGUUUAAAAACGAGUAAACCUCCACAGUGCCUUUCCCUCCAGCCAAAGGGGGGAAAAAAUCCCAACAUAUUUUCCGUGAUUGUCAAUGCAGCCUGAAGCUCCUGGAUUGUUUGGACACAUCAUUUUGAAUCGAGCCUGCUGCAUUCACUCCCUUUUUCUGAUACUGUUAUUUCACUCCAUAUUCAUGCCAAAAAAAGAAGACUACUUUUACUACAGCAUUUUCCUACAGAAAUGUACUCAUAAAACAUGAUGUUACCGUUUUCUUUUUCUUUUUUUAUUCAGAAUGACAAAUAAAAUUUUGAUAUUUUUUUUUGUACUGAAUUUUUUAAGCACUAUCUUAUUGACUGAACUGGCUGAUUGUAAUCCCAAGUGCAUUAAAGUGUGUAUGUAUGUAUGUAUUUACACAAAUAAAGCUGGAACACUAA